CUUUUCGUGACUCCACCUAUCAAUUCUCCUUCUCCUUCUUCUAUCCUUCUUCUCUCCUAUCUUUCUUCUUCUUCCUUCUUUCACUUCUUCUCCUUUUCCACCCAUUUUCUUGCUCUUGAAUCUCUUCCCCACUUUUGUUAGAGCACAGAGUAUAUAGCAAAAAUGGUCAAGGUUGAUCAAAAGGUCGCCCUCAUCGUCAUCGAUGGCUGGGGUGUCGCCGGUCCCAACUCCCCCAAGGACGGCGACGCUAUCGCUGCCGCUGAGACUCCCUUCAUGUCCGGCUUCGCCGAGGCCGACUCGAAGACUGCUCAGGGUUACACCGAACUCGAUGCCUCCUCCCUCGCUGUCGGUCUGCCGGAGGGUCUCAUGGGCAACAGUGAGGUCGGUCACUUGAACAUUGGUGCUGGCCGUGUCGUUUGGCAGGACAGUGUCCGCAUUGACCAGACCCUCAAGAAGGGCGAGCUGGGCAAGGUGGACAACAUCGUCGCUUCCUUCAAGCGCGCCAAGGAGGGUAACGGCCGUCUGCACCUGUUGGGUCUGGUCUCGGACGGUGGUGUCCACUCCAACAUCACCCACCUGGUCGGUCUGCUGAAGGUCGCCAAGGAGAUGGAGAUUCCUCAGGUCUUCAUCCACUUCUUCGGCGAUGGCCGUGACACCGAGCCCAAGAGCGCUACCAAGUACAUGCAGCAACUGCUCGACCAGGCCAAGGAGAUCGGUGUUGGUGAGAUCGCUACCGUUGUCGGACGUUACUGGGCUAUGGACCGCGACAAGCGCUGGGACCGGGUUGAGAUCGCCAUGAAGGGUAUUGUCUCCGGCGAGGGUGAGGAGAGCUCUGACCCCGUCAAGACCAUCAAUGAGCGCUAUGAGAAGAAGGAGACCGAUGAGUUCCUGAAGCCCAUCAUUGUUGGCGGCAAGGACAGACGUGUGCAGGAUGGCGACACUCUCUUCUUCUUCAACUACCGUUCCGACCGUGUCCGUGAGAUCACUCAGCUGCUGGGUGACUACGACCGCUCUCCCAAGCCCGAAUUCCCUUACCCCAAGGACAUCCACAUCACCACCAUGACCCGGUACAAGACCGACUACACUUUCCCUGUUGCCUUCCCUCCCCAGCACAUGGGUAACGUGUUGGCCGAGUGGCUGGGCAAGAAGGAUGUUAAGCAGUGCCACGUUGCUGAGACUGAGAAGUACGCUCACGUUACUUUCUUCUUCAACGGUGGUGUUGAGAAGCAGUUCCCCGGCGAGGUCCGCGACAUGAUCCCGUCUCCCAAGGUUGCCACCUAUGACCUCGAGCCCAAGAUGAGCGCUGCCGCCGUGGGUGACAAGAUGGCCGAGCGCCUUGGCGAGGACAACUUCGAGUUUGUCAUGAACAACUUUGCUCCCCCCGAUAUGGUUGGUCACACCGGUGUUUACGAGGCUGCCAUCCAGGGUGUUGCUGCCACCGACAAGGCCAUCGGUGUCAUCUACGAGGCCUGCAAGAAGCACGGCUACAUCCUGUUCAUCACCGCCGACCAUGGAAACGCUGAGGAGAUGCUUACCGAGAAGGGCACCCCCAAGACCUCCCACACCACCAACAAGGUUCCCUUCGUCAUGGCCAACGCCCCCGAGGGCUGGAGCCUCAAGAAGGAGGAGGGUGUUCUGGGAGAUGUUGCUCCCACCGUCCUGGCCGCCAUGGGCAUCGAGCAGCCCGAGGAGAUGUCCGGCCGCAGCCUUUUGGUUAAGGCAUAGAUUUAGCGUAUAGAGUAGAUGUCAUGUAUUGUCUGGAUACGAUUCCAUUGAUGAAGAAAUGAAUUAUUACGGUGUCUAUACUGGGGUUUAGCUUUGGAGCGAGAUAGAACAAGAUUUUGUUUAUUUUC